AUGGCAUCGAGAUUCUCCCAUAUACUUUUGAAUUUGCCAAUUUAUAAACAGAAUCUUAAAAACACUAAUUUAAUUCGAAAAUAUGCCACUACUUCAAAUAUUGUUAAACUAUCCUUUAUUCAAUUUGAUCCACCGAUGCGAAAUGGAUCGUAUGAAAGUAGCCCACUAAUAAUUCUUCAUGGAUUAUUUGGCUCAAAACAGAAUUGGAGAUCAUUGGCAAAAGUAUUCGCUCAACGAUUAAAUACUCGCGUCUUUACUUUGGAUCUAAGAAACCAUGGCGAAAGUCCACAUUCUGAGGUGCACAAUUAUGAGGUUAUGGCCGAAGAUGUUGUAACAUUUAUGAAUGAACGCCAGCUUAAAAGAACAGUUGUAAUGGGACAUUCUAUGGGAGGGAAGGUUGCUAUGACCAUCGCUCUUAUGCAAGCACCUCAGAUUGAUCAGCUUGUGGUCGUCGAUAGUGCACCAACCAAUGCUUACAUAUCAAAAGAGUUUAGUACUUAUGUCGAAGUAAUGAAAAAAGUUGAGCAAGCUGGAGUCAUGAAGCAAAGCCAGGCUGAUGAAAUAAUGAAAGGUUAUAUUUCGGACAUUAACAUACGGCAAUUUUUGUUGACGAAUCUUAAAAAAGCUCCAGAAACAGAUGUUUACAAAUUUCGUAUUCCAUUAGACGUGCUUGGCAAUUCGCUUAAAACAUUGAACGGAUUUCCUUUUGAUUCUGAUCGUCACACUUUUCAUAAAAGUACGCUCUUUGUUGCUGGGAUCAAGUCGGAUUAUAUCCCUCCAAAGAUCCAUCCCACUAUUAAAACGUUAUUUCCCAAUUCGACGAUUGUUGAGUUAGAUACUGGUCAUUGGGUUCAUGCUGAGAAACCUCUCGAAUUUGCAACGAUCAUGAAUUUUAUUAGUGAUGGCUUUUCGAUGAAUUUGAGACGUGGUCAUUUCCCUCAAGCCAUACUUCCGGAGGUCACGGCACCAGACAGAAAGGUUCCUUUCCGCCAAAAAGUAUUAUGGACGGCUGUCACACUUUUUAUUUUUCUUGUGUGCUCACAGAUUCCAUUAUAUGGUAUCAUGUCCUCUGAUUCUUCAGAUCCUUUGUAUUGGUUGCGUGUCAUUCUCGCUUCAAACAGAGGUACUUUGAUGGAACUCGGUAUUACUCCCAUUGUCACUUCGGGCAUGAUAAUGCAGCUUCUGGCCGGUGCUAACCUCAUUGAGGUUGAUUUCAGUUUGAAAGAGGAUCGUGCUUUAUUUAGCGGUGCUCAAAAACUUUUCGCUAUGGUGUUCGCUUUUGGCCAAGCUACUGUAUCCGUAAUGACUGGAUUGUAUGGUAAUCCUUAUGAAAUCGGUUCUGGAGUCUGUUUAUUGCUUAUCAUUCAGCUUGUCUUUGCUGGUCUUAUCUCUAUGCUUUUGGAUGAACUCUUACAAAAGGGUUAUGGUCUUGGCUCUGGUAUCUCUCUUUUCAUUGCUACCAACAUUUGCGAAUCAAUCGUUUGGAAAGCGUUCAGUCCAACUACUGUGAAUACUGGUCGAGGUCCCGAAUUUGAAGGAGCAAUCAUUGCUUUGUUCUAUUUACUUAUUACCCGCAAUGACAAACUUCGCGCUUUAAAAGAAGCUUUUUAUCGAACAAAUUUACCAAAUGUCAUGAACCUAUUGGCAACUGUUGUCGUCUUUGGCAUUGUUAUUUACCUUCAAGGCUUCCGUGUUGAACUUCCUGUUAAAUCUAAUCGAUUUCGUGGUCAACGGGGAACUUAUCCAAUUAAGCUCUUUUAUACUUCAAAUAUGCCAAUUAUGCUCCAAUCUGCCCUUACUACAAACGUUUUCCUAAUCUCUCAAAUGUUGUACACCCGAUUCCCGGAUAAUCUUUUGAUUCGUCUUCUUGGCGUCUGGAGUCCUUAUGAAGAAGGCUCUUCCCAAUUGUUUGCGUCAGGCGGCUUAGCUUAUUUCAUGUCACCUCCUCAUAGUAUUAAAGAUGCACUUUUGGAUCCUAUCCAUACCGUCAUAUAUAUCGCAUUCAUGUUGACCGCAUGCGCACUUUUUUCAAAAACUUGGAUUGAAGUUUCUGGAUCUUCUCCGCGUGAAGUAGCAAAACAACUUAAAGAUCAGGGUAUGGUAAUGGCUGGCCAUCGUGAGACCUCAACAUACAAAGAGUUGAAACGUAUCAUUCCAACAGCCGCAGCUUUCGGUGGUGCCUGUAUUGGUGCCUUAUCAGUUCUUGCCGAUUUACUAGGUGCCCUUGGAUCAGGUACUGGUAUACUGCUUGCAGUCACAAUUAUAUAUUCAUACUUCGAAAUGUUUGUUAAGGAACAAGCAGCCGAAGGUGGAAUCGACGCGUUAUUAUUUUAA